GGCCACGCCCCUGCACAACAGCCACACGCCGUCGAGAGCUUUGCAACCAUGAACUCAUUGAUGCAGCCAGAGCUGGGAGCAUCGCAGCUGCCAGGGAGCGACGCGUCCUCCGCCGUGGCCUCCGUGCUGAUGCAGAGCGCGCGGCUCUCGCCGCGGCUGGUGGCUCCCGGGGUGCGGCAGGACCUCACUGGCUGCUUCCUGCGGCAGCGUGAUCUCUUCGUGGAGAAACGAAGAAGUGCCAUGCCUUCGAGACUAGAAUGGCUCUUGUCCAUCAUCGAAGAAGGCGAUGCGGAUCAACUUCGUUGUUUCGUGGAGGCCUACAGGAGAAUGAAGGACCCCCUGAAUGAGGGGGACCCCUGCGAGUACUGCAACGCCAGACUGACCUCCAACAAGUGGUUCAAAGCUAGCGAGGCCAUCGGCGUGCAAGGUGUCCGCUGCAUGAUUUGUGCCAAGUGGCACUGCGAGAAGCAUCGGCAAUUAUAUGUGACCUUGAGCUUUGGAGUGAACCAGUCCGUAAAGUUGGACUGUUGCGAGCGAUGCCAUGCAGCUGUUGAUGUGCUGCGGUGGCAUAAGGACAGGCUGCCAGAUUGCCUUCCAGCGACAUCACGUCAGCUCAUGGUUCUCUACACUGAGCUCUCCGAGGAGCUCACGAAGCUGGCGGGGGCCAUCGCGCAGCUGGACGGGGCCACAAGGCUCGUGGAGCAGCUGGUCUCCCAGCUUGAAGAAGUCUCGACUCCUGAUUCCUUCAAGGAGUGCAUGGCCGCCAUGCAGCAGAGCCGCCAAUCAGCGACUGCAGCCGAGGGAGCUACUUCGCAGUGUUUGAAGCAGCUGGCCGCUUUGCGGUGCACGAGCGCAAAUGGAGAAUCCAGGGGCACAAGAAACGCACUGCUUCGGGAUGCAUUGGCGAGACACGGCUGGCGCCAGCUGGAACAACUCAAGCCGCGCUUGAAAGCUGCCAGCACGCGUGCAAAUGAACUGCAGAAGAGGAAAUCUCGCGGUUUCCUGUCCCGCUGGAUUGGAGGUGAAUAGGCGCAGUGGCAAUUCAAUGCGGUUUGGAGUGCGGUCAUGCCUUAUUGGUCAUGCCGUCAGCCAAGAAUGCAUGAGGAUCUCAUAUUCUGUACAGUGUGUGGGUUGCAGGGACCAGGGCUGCCUUGGAAUUAGUGCACCUGCGAUGGCCUUCCUGUUGCAAGUUUGCAUUGGAUGUGGCCGGGCUUCGCACUUUCUGUGUUUGAGGUCACCUUGAUGAUCCUCUGCUCUCACAUGAGACUUCACAUGCAAUCGGGCUUUUUCCGUGACACAGGCCGAGAGAGCUGUGACUGAGCCCAAAGUACGGCAUCCGCAAGC